AGGAAGGCACGGCGGUAUCCAGUCAACGCCAAGCAUGGAUGUUGAGGGUUGUGCUUAGGUCGUGAUGAAAACCAAAAUGGCGUUUAGCUUGGACAGGACGAACGGGGGAUAGUUGGAGAAACUGGUCACUAGUAAGACGUCUUUGUGCCUGUUUACGUUUCAGGUCAAGUAAUAAAAAGUGCCAACAUUUAGUUUAGACUUUUGGGGGGGGUUUUGCGAGAAAGGGAUAAGAAGUGUUCACCGAGAAUUCGGUCCUGAGAGUCGCGGAGUGUCGGAGCGCUGGGAUGGGCUGAGAGAGAGCGCAGGCCGCAGAGGUGCAGCCACCCAGAGAGAGUGACCCACUGGCGAACAAUAGAGCCUGUGAUCAGCCGAGGCAUUCACACAGACAGGACUUUUUCUCCUCUCUAGCCUUGGUUCAAUAUUCAGCAGAAGCAGAGCGUAUUUGAAGAAGUACGCACACACCAAGUGGCGGAAUGGCAAUGGAGGCUGGGGAUGAGUUUAUUCCGCCUCCAGAGUGUCCCGUGUUCGAGCCUUCGUGGGAGGAGUUUGCUGAUCCACUCGGGUACAUUGCCAAGAUCCGUCCAAUCGCAGAGAAGUCUGGAAUAUGCAAGAUUCGUCCUCCACCAGACUGGCAGCCACCUUUUGCUGUGGAGGUGGACAAUUUCCGUUUUACACCCCGUAUCCAGAGACUAAAUGAACUAGAGGCUGAGACGAGAGUGAAGCUGAAUUAUCUGGACCGAAUAGCCAAAUUCUGGGAGAUCCAGGGGUCUUCACUCAAAAUCCCCAACAUAGAGCGACGCAUUCUCGAUCUGUUCAGCUUGUCCAAGAUUGUCACAGAAGAAGGGGGCUUCGAGACGGUCAGUAAGGAGAGGCGAUGGGCUCGAGUGGCCCAGAAGCUCGGCUACCCACCGGGCAAAAAUAUUGGCUCCCUGCUGCGGUCGCACUACGAGAGGAUCGUCUAUCCUUUUGAGAUGUUCCACUCUGGUGCUAGCUUACCGCCAUGUAAGCCCAGGCCAUAUGAAAGUGACGACGUGGAUAAGGAGUACAAGCCCCACUCCAUCCCCCUUCGCCAGUCGGUGCAGCCUUCCAAGACCAGCAGUUAUGGACGACGAGCCAACCGCCUGCAACCUGAGGGUCCAGAGGAUCCGACUCUCCACCCUCUUACCACUGGCUCUCAACACAGCUCCUCGCCGGAGCCCACCGAGGAGGACAUAGAGAAGAACCCAGAGCUGAAGAAGCUGCAGAUCUAUGGCGCCGGACCCAAAAUGAUGGGACUCGGCCUGGUGGCUCGAGACAAGGCUAGGAAGAAAGAUGAACUCCCCCAGACUGUAAUAGUUAAGGACAACAGCAGUAUUAAAGAAGAACCUGGAGAGAUGUUAAUCACAAAGUCAGAACCGGACAUCCCCCCGCCGCCCCCAAACCUCAUCGUUAAAGAUGAAGUGAAGAAAAAGGAAGAGGACGAGGGCCGUGCAGUAGACGUGAAAGAUCCUAUUAAAGAUGAACCCUGCACCAAGAUGACGAUGAGGCUGAGACGCAACCACAGCAGCUCACAGUUUGUGGACUCGUUUGUGUGCCGCAUGUGUGGCCGCGGGGACGAGGACGAGAAGCUGCUGCUAUGUGAUGGUUGCGAUGAUAAUUACCACACUUUCUGUCUCCUGCCUCCCCUCACAGACCCUCCCAAGGGCAACUGGCGCUGUCCCAAAUGUGUAGCAGAGGAGUGCAAGAAACCUGCAGAAGCAUUUGGUUUCGAACAGGCUACACGAGAAUACACGUUACAGAGUUUCGGUGAGAUGGCCGACACGUUCAAGGCCGAUUACUUCAACAUGCCUGUCCAUAUGGUCCCAACAGAGCUGGUUGAGAAGGAGUUUUGGCGAUUGGUCAGUAGUAUUGAAGAGGAUGUGACCGUCGAAUACGGUGCAGACAUUCACUCCAAAGAGUUUGGGAGCGGUUUCCCUGUCAACAAUGGCAAGAGACAUUUAACCGAAGAAGAGGAGGCGUAUGCACGCAGUGGCUGGAACCUGAAUGUGAUGCCAGUGUUGGAGCAGUCAGUGUUGUGCCAUAUCAAUGCCGACAUCUCAGGCAUGAAGGUACCGUGGCUGUAUGUGGGCAUGGUUUUUUCUGCCUUCUGCUGGCACAUCGAGGACCACUGGAGUUACUCCAUCAACUACUUACACUGGGGGGAGCCCAAAACAUGGUAUGGUGUUCCUGCAGUAGCAGCAGAAAAGCUGGAGGAAGUGAUGAAGAAGCUCACUCCUGAACUCUUUGAGUUCCAGCCAGAUCUGCUUCAUCAACUCGUCACAAUCAUGAACCCUAAUAUACUCAUGGGCCAUGGAGUGCCGGUUGUGCGUACGAAUCAGUGUGCUGGAGAGUUUGUAAUCACUUUCCCUCGAGCCUAUCACAGUGGCUUCAAUCAGGGAUAUAAUUUUGCUGAAGCCGUCAACUUCUGCACUGCAGAUUGGCUGCCCUUAGGGCGGUCAUGCAUUGAGCAUUACAGAGUCCUCAGACGCUACUGCGUGUUCUCGCAUGAGGAGCUCACCUGCAAAAUGGCCGCCUGCCCGGAGAAGCUGGACCUGAACAUGGCUGCAGCCACGCACAGAGAAAUGUUCAUUAUUGUCCAAGAGGAGAGGAAACUCCGCAAGGCCCUGCUGGAGAAGGGUAUAACGGAGGCAGAGCGGGAGGCAUUUGAGUUGUUGCCUGACGAUGAGAGGCAGUGUGAUAAGUGUAAGACUACCUGCUUCCUGUCUGCCCUGGCUUGCACCAAUUGCUCUGAGAGCCUUGUCUGCCUCUACCACACACAAGACCUCUGCUCCUGCCCCACAGACAAACUCUACCUCAGGUAUCGCUACACUCUGGAUGAGCUAUUGGCCAUGUUGUACCGGUUGAAGGUUCGGGCCGAGUCCUUUGACUCUUGGGCUAACAGAGUGAAAGAAGCACUUGAGCAGGAGGAGGGCAACAAAAUAGACAUUAAAAAUCUGGUGGCACUGAAGGAGGAGGCGGCAGAACGUAAAUUUCCAGACAACGAGCUGCUACAACGGCUCACGGUUGUAUUGGAUGAUAUGCAGAGGUGCCAGAGCAGGAGCACAGAGCUUAUUAAUGGCAACCAAGGCAGUAAGAUGAGUCUCGAGGAGCUCCGGACUCUGGUGGACACCAUGCAAAACCUUCCUUGUGUAAUGGAGCAGCUGGGGGAGGUGCAGGUUGUGCUACAGAAGGUGGAGGAGUUUGAGUCACGUGCCCAGGCCAUAGUGAGCAGCAGUGCUGGUGAGUGGAAACAGUCCUCCGCUCCCUCAGAAGAGGAUGUGCAGGCUCUGUUAGAGGAGGGGUCUGCACUGCCGGCUGUAGCCCCAGCCUGCGGGCUCCUGUCUGGCCUGCAGGAACAGAGACGCUGGCUGGAGCAGGUGCGCAGGACAAUUGGGCCUGGGGGUGGAGUGGUGACUCUGGCCGUUCUGAGAAAUUUGAUGGAGGCCGGCUGCAACGUGUUGCAGAGUGUCAGCGUCGAGACCGCCAUGGCAGAGCUGCAGGAGCUCCUGACCAUUGCAGAGCGUUGGGAAGAGAAGGCCCAGAUCUGCCUCGAAGACCGACAGAAGCAUCCUCUCUCCACAUUGGAGGCCAUAGUGAAUGAAGCCCAGCUGAUCCCCGUGCAGUUGCCCAACAUCUUGGCCCUCCAGGCCUGCCUGAGUCGAGCCCGUGCCUGGGUCACAGACCUAGAGGAGAUCCAGCAGAAUGGAGAGCACUACCCAUGUCUGGAUGACCUGGAGGGUCUGGUGGCAAUUGGCCGUGACCUUCCUGUGAGGAUGGAGGAGCUGCGGCAGCUCGAGCUGCAGGUGGCCAGUGCUCACUCCUGGAGGGAAAAGGCCAGCAAGACCUUCCUGAAGAAGAAUAGUCAGCACAGCCUGCUGGAGGUGUUAUGUCCAUGUGUGGAGAAGAGGAAGAAGAGGGAGGAAGACUCUCUGAGCUCAGAAGCAGACUCUGAUGUUGACGUGUUGGGGCUCACUGCUCAGGACCUCCGAGACCCAGGAGCCAUUGUAAUGGCAUUCAAGGAGGGAGAACAGCAUGAGAAAGAGGCUCUGCUACGUAUGCGACAGCUGAACCUGGCCAAGCCCGGCCUGGAGAACAUACCCAAGGAGGCACAGGCUGUGCACAUCAAACAAGAGCAGAGGCUGAGUGAAUCAAUGGAUACAGACACGCCUGUGUCCUCAGAAAACGGCUCACAACAGAAUGGAGGCUCCACCCACUCCCACACAUUCAGCCAGUCUGUGUGUGUGUGCGGUGGCCAACCCCACCCUCUGUUCCACCGCUGCCAUCUGUGCAGAGACUGGUUCCAUGGAGGUUGUGUGCCCUUCCCUUCUGUACUGGGCCCUACUGAUGUGCCACUUGUAAACCCACUUUGUUGGUGGGACUGGGACACGCGCUUCCUGUGCCCACGGUGCCAGAGAACACGGCGUCCACGGCUAGAAAUCAUUCUAGCGUUGUUAGUGGCGUUACAGAAGCUGCCUGUGCGACUGCCAGAGGGUGAGGCCCUGCAGUGUCUCACAGAGAGAGCGAUUAACUGGCAGGGCAGAGCCAAACAAGCCCUGGAUUCUCCUGAGCUGCAAGGGGCACUGCAGAGGCUUCAGGAACUGAAAGAAACACAGAGCAGGGAGAAGGACGAGCAGGCGGAUGAAAAGAAAGGGAAUUCGGAGGAGGUGAUUGUGCUGUCGGACUCUGAGGAGCCGGAGGAGGGCGUGAUUGAUCUGACUGAGGAGAGUGACAUGGCGAAAAGCAACAGAGAGAAAGCUGCUAAUGGAGUACAGUCUGGCUGUGAAAAUGGCAUUAAGAAGCCAGACGUUGAAAAUGUAACAGGGGUGGAGUCUCUGGUGCCAUUGAUUCCGUAUCUUAAAGGGCCAGUCAUCGAAUUGUCCACUUCAACCAGAGCUCAUUUAGAGGAGCUGCAGCUAGAAGGUGACCUGCUGGAGGUUACUCUUGAUCAGACGCACACCAUCUACCGACUUCUGCAAGCAGCAUCUAAGCCAACACGCCAGACUCUGCACACGCUUAUACAGAUCGAGUUGCAGGAGCAGAAUCGCUCAGGUCGCGGCAGCAGGACAAAGGAGUCCAAGAGGAAGAGGAAAAGUCAGAGAUCUGAAGGAGGUGCAAAGUCCAGAGAGGCCUCAGAGUCGAAGAAGACACGAGCUGUUAACCACACGUCUGUACAGCAACAAGAAGAGGUUUUGUGAUGUUUUGUUGGAAACGCGUGAAGGAGAAAAUGGCAGAGAAAGUGACCCACAGAGUACCGACUCUAAAAUCAUUCUGGGCCCAAAAAACCGCACCCAGACAGUAGAGGAGAUUUCACGGAGGUUCUACUUAAUAAGCUCACACACUGCUCCUUUCUUCUUUUUUCCCUAUUUGCACAUACUCACUCCCUCUCGUUGGUGCCUGUUGUUGGCGCUGCACUCCCUUCUUGUUUCUGGAUGGCAUUAGCGUCAUGUCUGUCCUCUUUCACUCAGACUUCUUGUUCCUCCACUGUUGUGUCGUGUGCCGAUCUGUUCACAGCGACCUUCUGCUGCUUUACACUGGCCAUUACUGAAAACUCACACUGCUGUCAGUCUGUCUGUACCAUUAAAGUGUAGCACACAGUGCUGAACUCCCCAAAUGCCAACUUGCUCUUCAACAUAAUGUGAUAUAGUUCAGCCACACACACACACACACACACACACACACACACACACACACACACGAUGGUUCGGUAGAGCUGGACAUUAGAAACGGAAAUGUGGCCCAGAUGCCAUGAAAAUGACUUGUAUUUUUUAUGUACCGAGUCUCGUGUUUUGUUGACGCUGUUGAGAGACUCCGUUUUGAAUGAACUAAUAAAAAUUUUGGGAAGGGGAGGGAAAAAACCGGCAUUUGAGUUUUGGUGCUACUUUCCCAAAAUAGGUCACUGUACAUUUACCCUUCUUCUGUCUACUGACCUUUAAUUUGAAACGGCUUACUUUUCCCUUUUCCACAUUUGAUUUUGUUUACUGUUCUGUUGCUCUUUUUUUCCUCUCCUGUCUCUUGCUCUCAUCCUGACGUCCAAGGAACUGUACAAACACUUCACUGUAACUCACUUUUUUCCUUUUUGUUUUGUCCUGGGUUCUAAUAAAUACAUUGUUGUUUAUUAUUAUUAUUAUUAUUAUUAUUAUUAUUAUUAUUCUUGGUAUUGCAGACAAGCAACUUGUGAGUUUGUGUAUAAACUUUCAUUUCAAUGUUGCCUUUGUUUCUUUUCACUUUUGUUAGAGAAUAAAAGUUUAGAAUUGU